AUUUAAGCAGAGAAUAAUAAUAUUCACCACACAGGAGAAACUAUCACUGCAUCACCAUGAUUGCAAAGAUUUGUGUCGUCCUUCUUCUGUUUGUUGCCUCUGGCAACGCACAGAUCACAACCAGAACCACCACGGCUGCACCAACAACCAGAACCACCACGGCUCAAACAACCAGAACCACAACGGCUGCACCAACAACCAGAACCACCACGGCUCAAACAACCAGAACCACCACGGCUCAAACAACCAGAACCACCACGGCUGCACUAACAACAACAGCAGCACCACCAACCACACAAACAGCCCCACCCACACCCACACCCACAAUCACAUCCACACCCACACCCACACCCACACCCACACCCACAAUCACAUCCACAUCCACACCCACACCCACACCCACACCCACACCCACACCCACAUCCACAUCCACACCCACACCCACACCCACACCCGCAUCUUGUGAUACCAGCACAGCUAGACCAACAACCCCAUCCAGCACAGCUGGUUGUGAGACCAACAAGGCUAGACCGACAUGUAGUGUGGAGUGUGUUUGUAAAUGCUGAUCUCUGAUAUGUCAUCACACGUGUCUCUGAAGGAGGUGUCUAUAAUUAAU